CCGAUCCAUCCCAUCUGGCUGUUGACUUCCCUCGCCUCCGCAAACUACAAAACACCGUCGGACGGGCGGACCACAUUCAUUCGGUUCAUUGUCGAGCCAUGCUCGUCGAAAACGAGGCGGUGGGUAUCAAUUCGAAUGGAUCAGCCAAGUAACGGAUUCUCUCUAACCCGGUGAAUUCGAAACAUGGAGUUGGCGCUGGUUUCUCGGGCGCCGAAUCCGCCGGCGGCGUCGUUUUCUUCGGCCAGAGUGGGUGCCUGUGAGUUGCCGUGGAUUGUGAAGACGCCGGCGGCGGGGGCGAGGCAGAGGAAGAGGUUGGUUGGGGGCGGAGGAGAGAGGGUUCCGGUGAGGGCCUCGGCGGAGAGGAGCCGCGAAAGGGUGGACGGUAGGGGAGAGAGCAAAGGCGGAGGAGGAGGAGGAGGGUACACGAGCUCGGCCAUGGAGGCGACCACAUUUAAUCGGAGCUUCGAAGCGGAGUUCCCUGUUUGGGAGAAGAUUGGGGCCGUUGUAAGGCUCAGUUAUGGAAUUGGCAUAUAUGGUGCCAUGGCUUUAGCAGGGAGAUUCAUAUGUUCGAUGACAGGAAUUGAUUCCAUGGGAGGCUUCUAUCCAUCAUUGGAUGCAAUUGUUGAAGGACUAGGAUAUGCAACUCCUCCAAUUAUGGCUCUACUUUUUAUUCUAGAUGAUGAAGUUGUAAAGGUAUCACCUCAUGCUCGUGCGAUCAGAGAUGUAGAGGAUGAGGAGCUAUGGAGCUUUUUCUAUGGAAUGUCACCCUGGCAGUUCAUACUUAUUGUUGCUGCAAGCUCUGUUGGCGAGGAGCUGUUUUACCGGGCAGCUGUUCAGGGAGCAUUGGCUGAAAUAUUCCUGAAAAGCACAGAUUUGGUGACCGAUGCUCAUGGAAUGGCGUCCUUGACGGGAGUUCUACCCCCAUUUGUUCCAUUUGCCCAGGCAUUUGCAGCUGUGAUUACAGCUGCUCUUACCGGUUCUCUUUAUUAUGUGGCUGCAUCUCCAAAAGAUCCUACAUAUGUUGUUGCACCUGUUUUACGAUCUCGCUCUGGUCGUGAGGAUCUGAAAAAGCUCUUUGCAGCUUGGAACGAGAGGCGGCAAAUGAAAAAGAUCUACUCUCCCCUCCUGGAAGGACUUCUGGCACUUUAUCUCGGGUUCGAAUGGAUCGAGACAAACAACAUUCUUGCGCCCAUCAUAACGCACGGCAUAUACUCUGCCGUCAUAUUGGGCCACGGACUUCUGAAGAUUCACGAUCACAGAAGAAAACUGCGCCAGAGAAUCCAGCAACUCGAACGAGAAGGGAGAAGAAACUCUGAUAAAUUUUGAAGGAGCUGUGUAGAGUAAUGAAAAAUAUAUGAGUUUGUAGUAGCAGCGGGGUAUGUGUGCAUUAUAUAUAUAUGUCAGAGUCUGAUAAUUCAUCAUGUAAUGCAUAUCUUGUACAUGGAUAAUAUAAAUCUCGAACAAGAGUUACCAAUUGUAUAGGCCUAACUUACCAUUUUUCCUGCAACCCUUGCUAGGAAAUCGAAUAAUCCACAUAAUAAGAGUUUUAGAUAAUAGUAAUGUUGAUUUUAUGUGAUUCAAAA